GAAUCGCAAUGCUCGUAUAGUAGUAACAGUAAUAUGCAUAUCUGGAUGCCUGUUGCUUCAUUAAGGUUUCUGCACGCUGGCGUCUUCUCUUACCUCUACAUACCAGGAGCAAUUUCCGAUUUGGAAGGGAAUGUAAAUACAACGAGAGAGACAUACAUACAGUGUCGACCGGGCUGCCGGGAAAGAAGACACUGGUGAUCACACAUGACCACGGUGUACCAUCCCGACGACGCCCAGCUAUCUGAUACUGGUUAGUUCAUGUAGUCUUCAAGAGAAAAUCAAAAACUUACGUCUGUUACUUUGCAGACGAUAAGGAAAGUCAUACCCGAGAAAUUUGCAUUCCGCUCAUCUGAUUUUCAUGUUCUUGGAGUGAGACCUGUCGCCGUUGUUUUGUCCACCCCGGAGCAGUGAAGCUCGGUUGGUUGUUUAACGUGCAAAGGAUUUAAUAUCGGGCAAGGAUAAGAACAAGAAUCACUUGUCAAAAGGAUAAGAAGAAAGUAUACCACUCUUUAACAAAAUCAUCAAACAAACAGCAAACAUCAUGGGUGUAGCGCUAUACCUUGAUAAAGCCAAGACUGGUUUUGGUAGUUGGUGGCAAUCGUUCUCCUUGGCAGAAUGCAUCCGGGACCUCCGAGCAUCCAGGAAACUAGUCUUGUUCAUUGUUUUCGUCGCACUCCUCUUAGAUAACAUGUUGACCACUGUAGUCGUGCCAAUUAUUCCUGACUUCAUCUUCCACCAAGAGAAUCCAGGUUUAGAACGCCAUCCUAAUCACUCGAUACCUAUCAAUUGUAGCCUAAUCACAACCCCAAACCCAAGGGAAAUAUCACGCGCCAACACGACGUCGGCUCCAGUCGUUUGUUUGAAUAGUUCAAGUGUGGUUGCCAAUACCACAGCCGCGUCGAUAGAAAACCAGUACGACGAGAUACUUAGACACGAGAGUGUCCGUAUAGGACUGUUAUUUGCGUCUAAGUCCAUAGUUCAGCUGAUAACCAAUCCCUUGAUAGGCCCUCUAACUAACAGGAUAGGGUACUCUCUGCCUAUGUUUACUGGAUUUCUAAUCAUGUUUGCUUCAACGUUAGUGUUUGCAUUUGGUGAGAGUUUUGCCCUCCUCCUAGUGGCCCGUAUGAUCCAAGGUAUAGGAUCAUCGUGUUCGUCUGUAGCAGGGAUGGGUAUGCUGGCCCAGCGCUUUCCCGACGAUGCUGAGCGGGGAGCCGCUAUGGGGUUUGCUCUAGCAGGACUCGCUCUCGGGGUUCUAAUUGGACCCCCUUUUGGAGGAGUGAUGUACGAGUUUGUAGGCAAAGCUUCUCCGUUUCUUAUCCUCGCUAUUCUAGCAUUGUUUGAUGGUCUUCUUCAGUUGUUGCUGCUAAACCCUGUUUGGACCAAAGAAGAUCACAUGGAAGGAACUCCUAUUCUUAAACUUCUAAAGGAUCCAUACGUUCUUAUUGCUGCAGGUUGUAUAACAUUUGGUAACAUGGGAAUAGCAUUGCUGGAGCCAUCGCUUCCGCUUUAUAUGUUGGAUAAAAUGGAAGCAGAAAAAUGGCAACUUGGUGCUAUAUUCCUUCCCGCCAGUGUAUCAUAUCUCAUCAGUACUAACAUCUUUGGAGCAUUAGGGCAUAGAAUAGGAAGAUGGCUAGUUUCCCUACUAGGUAUGAUCAUUGGAGGUAUCGCAAUGAUGUUGAUCCCGUUGUCACAAAGAGUCCCCCAUUUAAUAGGCCCCAAUUUCUUCGUCGGCUUUGGUGUAGGCAUGGUAGAUGCAUCGAUGAUGCCCAUCAUGGGUCAUCUGGUAGACAUACGUCAUGUAUCAGUAUAUGGUAGUGUCUACGCCAUAGCCGACGUAGCAUUUUGUCUGGGGUUUGCUGUCGGUCCUUCAUUGAGUGGAUCGAUUGUUGAAUCUAUCGGAUUCCCAUGGCUAGUAAGAAUAGUCGCCAUUAUAGAUUUCCUCUACGCACCCCUCCUAAUAUUUCUCAGAAACCCACCAGCCAACGAAGAAAAUGAGGGUAUACUGUUGCAAGAGCAGAUUCCUGUGUCCUACACAGCCGACCAACAACGGGACUAUCAGACGAUGGACGGACGAUACGGACGACGAGAUUCAUCCGGGGUUGAAUCGGUAGACUAGUCCCCCAACCGUGGAUGUCAUCGUCGCCAUCAUCGUCUACUUCGUCACUGACAUCAUCUGUUAUUGUCGUCCCCGUAGUCUUCUAAACCUGUGCAUGAGAGAGAGGGAGAGAGUGAGAGAGAGAUGGAGAAAGGGAAAAUUGUUUAAGGGUACAUUUGAGAGCAAGAUGGCGCCCUUUCAAUUCAGCGUUGCGAAUUCUUCUCUUGCUCUCAAGAAAAAUUUUAAUAUUUAUAAAUAAAUUAAUAAGGAAUAUCAACACUUUCCUUUUCAACUUGCCCCAGUCUUUGUUUUUAUUUGUCCACUCAAAGAAACAAGAUAAAAAAAGAACAGCCAAGUAUAUAUUUUUAUCGACAACGAUCUAUUACAGAAUAUAAUUUGAUUUUUUUAAAAUUAAUUCGAGGAGACUUUAUUAUGAAAGAACAGUUAUCUGUACGUGGCGCUUUUGGGUUAGGGCCCAUGGCCUAUUUACUAUUAUUUUAUGGUUCAUUGUGAUAUGAAUAUCAAGUCAACGCCUGCUUGCUUUCGAAAGAAACCUCAUCAUGCUAAUCCGGAUGAUAGUGAUCACCGUGUAAAAGAAACGAUGCUGUAUUUUCUUUAUAAUCAUAUCAAAAACCUCUUUUUCAGAAUAAAAUAAUUUAUCAACAGAAUGUAUUGGAGUGUGGUAUCUCUUAUAAGUCAUUUUAUAUGAAUUGUUUAUCAAACAAAAAUUUUAUUAUUGCAAUUAACAUACCAAAGAAUUGUCAAAACUCUGUUGCACAAACUUUGUUAUCUCUAUAUACCGCCAUGUAUUUUGAAUAAUUUGUUUUAUUUGUUAUGGGAACUUAAGCGGGGUGUUAGCAUUUGAUAUCAUUACAUGUAUUAAUACACUGAGAGUACGUUGCCAGAAUAUUAAUGCAAACGUACAAUCGAUAGAUAUAUUCCCGCUGUAGUAUAUCGGUUAACACUCAUAGAUCAACAAUUCUCUCAUUCCUUAUCCGAUUUUUUUCGUAUAAUACCGCUCUGAUUCUCUUUUCUCCUGUCACAAAUUCAUUUUAUUAUGUAAGAAUUGAAUUCCUUAUUUCCAAUUCUACUAAAGACCAGCCUUAUUAAAUCAACUAAAUCAUUAAAACAGCAUUGAUAUGUCCUUAAUACAUGGCAAUAUCCAAGCGGCUGCUCAUAGUAAUUAAUCAAUAUAAUAAUGAUAAAAGAUGCUUAGUUUUAAGAUAGUACUUAUCAUCAUUUAAGAUCUUUUAAUUAGCGCAAAUUGAAAUAAGUUCCUUUGGUGCUCUCAGGAAGAGUAGAUGGGUAGAAUUAUGAAUAAAGAGAGAAAAAAAGAAAAUAGUCAUCGGAUAUCGAGAGAGAUCUUGACGAAAAUUCGACACUGGAAAUUACUUGAAAUGCUUCAUAAAGAGGGAAUAUCAUAAUUAUUGUCAUUAUUAGGCUAAAUUUUGAAAAUAUGAGUCUUUGAUCUGGCUUAAAUCGAUCAAGGGAAGAAUAUUCUUCCCUUGCUACAUAGCUGAGAAUGCAUGUUGCUUAGAUGAUUUCGUGAUAACUAUUUCGCGAUUACAAACUACAGGUCAACUCCAACCCAACAAAAUUCGAAUACAAAGAGAAAAAUCAAAUAUAAGCUGAACGCUGAAAAAUUCAUCGAAACCGGAUGUGAAAUAAGAAAGUUCAAAUUAAUUUUAAAACUUUUAAAAUGUCACAUAUUUUUAUUUAUUUUCUUUUUUAGAAUUUAUAUACGCAAUACAGUGAAACAUAAUUAUGAGAAAAUCGCUGUCAUCCUCUAAUUAUAUCUAUUUUGUAAUUAUUUUUGUAUGAAUUAUACCAUAUUCGGAUAUUUAACAAAAUUAAAACUACACACGCUCUUCAUCGAAUCACAAUCGGUUGCUGCAAUUGAAGUUCCAUUAUUUUUAGGAUGAAAUCAAACUUCUUUUCAAAUAAUAAUGUGUACAAUUUAGAAUAUUUUAUAUUUCCUAUAAUAAGAUGCAAACGAAAUAAUGAUUUGGUGAUGUCAUCGAUCGCGUCUUCACUCAUUUGCAUCCCGACCAGGAUGUGCAUAUAACUGUAUUGUGAAUUUUUAAGUGAAAAUAAAAAUUGUCAUAACUUCCUUAUUUUACAU